CGGGGCAGACUCAGUAGGUGUGUCUGCAGCGAGCGGACGGUCAGUGUGUGUUGUCAGUGUGUUGUUGUCAGUGGGAACAGUGGCUUCGCGGCUGUUUUACCUGUAAGCGGCAGAAGUUGGACUAAAGCACUCAGGGGCCGGAUCGGGAUGUGUUGUCUCCUCCUGCAGUUCGGCAUGGGACUCUUAGUGAACACCCGUGGACAGCGAAGCCUCGGAUCCCUGCUGUUGGUUUACCUCUUUGUCGCGAAGGCAGCAGCCGACUGUCUUAAACCUGACGGAAGUGACCAGACUGUCCUGUCAGACGAGGCACUUCUAUUGAAUGAUUUUCCCGAGGGUACUAUCGUCACUAUAGAAUGUGCCAAUGGAUAUGUCGUAGAUAGUGGUAAUGGAGCUAUGACCUGCACGAAUGACGAAUGGACUAAACCCGACCUCGUCUGCAGAAGGAUGGACUGUGGUGUGCCCCCACCUCAGCCACAUAUGAGUUUUGAUACUACCGGGGGAACCCUGUUUGGUGAUACGAUAGAAGUUCUUUGUGACAUAGGCUACGAGAUUAGCGGAUCGAGCUACAAACAGUGCUAUGCUACAGGGUGGAGUGGAAGAUCCUAUUGUGAGAUUAUACUUUGUGAAACACCUGCUCCAGUGGCCAAUGGUAAAAUCUUGAGGAACACUCAAGAACAUGUAACAUAUGGAGAAAUCAUACAGUACACCUGCGAUGAUGGAUUUACCCUCGUCGGGAACGCCAACAUCACGUGCACCGAAAAUUGGGAAUACAGUUCUCAGCCUCCUGAAUGCAGAGAGGUAACAACGACACAUGGGGUCGCAACAACAAAAAUGGUAUCAACUCCUAUGACUCCUAUGUCUCUGUCAAAAGGGUCUUCCACUCCUCCAGAUUCAUCUGCCACGUCGACGCCUCUCAUGAUCCGAUCUAUCACAUCCAGAGCAACAGCAACUUCUUUUGUACAAGGUGGCAAAGGCGUUAUGGCAACAAAGGACAAAGCUACUACAGCAAGUGUAACAUCUACGACUACGCCUUCAUGGCAAGACAAUAUUGAGGUUUCGGACAACAGAAUUGGUGGCCACACACUUGUAAUAAUCAGCGUGAUGAGCGUUGUAGUAGUUUCUAUUGCCUUUACAGUCUCCUGUAUAUUUGUGAUGCUUUUACACCGGUUUCUUCUGAAAAGAAAAGGCUCAUAUGACACCAGAGAAGACCUGAAGUUACCCGGAGUUAUUACAGUUCCAAAAUAUUUAAAUCCCACAUCUGACUCAGCUCUGCUAAUGGAACAGCGCCUAUCUUUUAAAGAACAUCUGUGACCUCAGAAGAACUUGCCAACAAACUGCAGCAGUGCCUCUCCAAGUCGAUGGAGGGGGGGAGGGAAACAAACAAAAAACAGAACCACUUUUAGUGUUGUUGCGCUUCAAAUGGCUAAUACUCACAUUUUGUACCCUACUCAGAACAAAAGCAGUUUUUGUAUUUUUUUAUUGACAUAAAAUUGUAAAUAUUUCACUUUUUUUUAUCUCUGUCAAUGGAUAAUUUAUAUUAUAAACUGGAGUAAAUACCUUAACCUUG